UAUACUGUCCACAAGCGCUAACGUGCGAGCUUGCUCACGAUUUCCUUCAGAGUCUGCGCAUCGCCACACCAGUUUCACUCUGGACGCCCUCACCGGGGAGUCCAAGCCUGAACAGGUUCACUAGUCAUCCCAGCCAUAUGUCUUGCUCCUGUUGUGCCUGAGGAGAAAGCAAACUCGUCCCAAUGGCCAAGCGUGCUCCGCUCGCGAGACUCUCGCUGCUCGUUGCUGCAGCUAUAAUAGCAUGCUCAGCACUGCGCGCCCAAGGCGACGUCAUCCUUUCAAAAUCAUACACCUGCCCGCCUGGCGCCGCUGUGGCCAAGUGCGCUGCCUACGCAUGUGAUCCCGCCUACAUCCAGUACCCCGACUGCGACGCCGCCUCCGCGCCUGGAGCCAGCUGCGAGAUCGCGCCCUGCAUCGCCGGCUUCCUGGACAACGGAUAUCAGGUCCCUGUCUGCAGCGCCCUGUGGCGCCAGGUCGACGGCUCUGUCGGCGUCUGCACCAACCGCGCGGUGACCGGCCAGGGCAGCACCGGCAGCAGCACCGGCAGCAGCACCGGCAGCAGCACCGGUGGCGGCGCCGCCGGCGGCUUCCCGGGCGACGGCGGUGCCGGCUCCGAGGGCGGCGACACGGAGGGCUCUGCCGGCACGGAGGGUGCGGGUGCAGGGCUGCCGACCGGCUGCGUUUGCCCCAUGUUCUACUCGCCAGCUCGUGCGCAUUCCUUUUGCGGCGAAGACGGGCAGACGUAUGGCAACGCCUGCCAGGCUGCGUGUGCCAAAGCCACGGUGGUCGCCCGCGGCCCAUGCUUUCCCACGUGUCCGGAGGGAAGGACCGCGGCCUGCCUCGUGGACCCCUGUUCGAUUCCCGGCGCCGACGGCCAGAAGCCCGUUUGCAAGGCCGAGCCCGCCGCCACCUGCCGCUACAGCACCUGCAGCGAGACCCUAGUCCUCGAGGAUGGCUCCGAAGUUGGGCCCUGCUCGGCGGUCUGGAUCCAUCCCGUUAACGGCAUGCGCGUGGAUUGCGAUGCCGAGGUGGCGGGCGACGGCGGUCUGGUCAUCAUGCCCGGCCCGGUCGAUGAGUCGCUCAACCCCUUCGCAGGCUGCCUGGGCAACGUGCGCUGCGCCAAGGACAGCUGCGCGCUGCCGCGGUGCGCCAAGGCCGCCGCGCUGCCGGCGUCCGCGGUGUGCUUCCAGCUGACCUGCAGCGGCCAGAGCCUGAACGGUGCCGAAGUGGAGCCGUGCUCGGCGGUGUGGGUGGACCCGGACACCAAGGAGGUGGUGGUGUGCGGCGGCGAGGACGAGGACGAGACGCCCGACAGCGGCAACGACAUCAGCUGCCCCAGCGGCGUCACCGCCGCCUGCUUCGCCGACCCCUGCACUGUACUGCCGCCCGACUGCCCCUGGGCCACCGCCCCGGCGGGGGCUGCUACUGCCGGUGCCGCUGCUGGUACUGCCGGCUCCGCUCCUGCUACUGCCGCUUCCGGCUUCACCUGCGAGGCCAGCUACUGCGACAAGGGCGUGCUGCCAGACGGAUCCGUGGUGGGCCCCUGCACGGCGGUGUUCCGCUCCACCACCGACGGCUCCAUCCUGGGCACCUGCCCCGCAGCGCAGCAGCCGCAGCCCGAGGACGACCUCGACCCCUUCAGCGGCUGCCUGGGCAACGUGCGCUGCGCGGGCGACCCCUGCGCCGCCGGGCCCUGCGCCGCCGCGCAGCCCGACUGGCGCUGCUUCCCAGUCACCUGCAGCGGCCAGAGCCUGGAUGGCGUGCCCGUGGCCCCCUGCUCGGCGGUGUGGGUGGACCCGGAGAGCCGCGAUGCGGUGGUGUGCCCCGCGCCAGACACACCCGUUGAGAAGCCCGUGGUCACCUGCCCCAGCGGCGUCACCGCGGCCUGCUUCGCGGACCCCUGCGCCGUGCCGCCCGCCGACUGCCGCUGGGCCGAGGUGAAGGACGCCAAGUGCGAGGCCAACUACUGCGCUGGCGGGCUCCUGCCGGACGGCUCCAAGGUGGGCCCCUGCACCGCCGUCUACACACUGCCUGACGGCACCGUCGGCGCCUGCCCCGCGGCCACAGCCCCCACCGACGACUGCGUGUGCACGUUGGAGUACAUGCCUGUGUGCGGCUCGGACGGCAAGACCUACGGCAACGAGUGCGCGGCGCGGUGCACGCUGCCGCCCGGCGGCUCCUACACGCCGGGUGCGUGCGGUGACGGCGGCGGCCAGAGCGGCACGGACGGCUCCGGCGGCAGCCCUGUGAAGUGCCCCAGCGGCGAGCACACGAGCCCCUGCUUUGUCGACCCCUGCGCCGUGCCGCCCGCCGGCUGCCCCUGGGCGGCGCUCUCCAGCGCCCAGUGCUACUCCUCCACCUGCCUCGACGGCCAACUGGCGGACGGUACAAAGGUGGGCCCCUGCACGGCCGUAUACCGCCUGUUUGAUGGCAGCGUCAAGACCUGCCCGCAGCAGCCGCCCAGCUGCGGCUGCACCAAGGAGUACAGGCCUGUGUGCGGCGUCUCGAACAAUGUCACGUACGGCAACAAGUGCAUGGCUGCUUGCGAGCUGGGCGAGGGCGAGGGCAAGUGGACCGACGGCCCCUGCGGCGGCACCAAGCCCGGUGACGGCGACGAGGACGGCUGCGUGUGCAUUGAGCUGUACAAGCCUGUCUGCGGCGCGGACGGCAAGACGUACGGCAACGCCUGCCAGGCUGGCUGCGACAAGGUGGAGGUCGUACACCCAGGCGUCUGUGCCCCCAGCUGCCCGCCCGGCCCCGCCGUCACCUGCGCCGUCAACCCCUGCCUCGUGGCCAAGCCCUGCGCCGCCGACCCGCCGGUCGCGGCCUGCACCUACACCACCUGCGCCGCCGCCACCUACACCGACGCCGCCGGCACCGAGACGACCGUGCUGCCCUGCGCGCCCAUCUGGCUGGACGAGAACGGCGCGCUGAUCAAGUGCGACGGCGGCGGCGGCACGCCCAAGAACUGCGCCGGCUGCCCCACCGACUACGCGCCUGUCUGCGCCACGGGUUGGCGCCCCGACCCCGUGACCUUCCCCAACCGCUGCGCCGCCGAGUGCGCGGGCGGAACCGUCCAGAAGGCCGGCAAGUGCGAGCACUGCAACGGCGACGAGUGCACCAUCGGCAAGAGGAACGACAUCUGCUUCCUGGCCGGCCACAAGAACUGCUGGAGCAAGAAGUACUCGUGCCAGGUGCCCGCCAACCCCGACGCUGUGCCGCCCAGCGGCGGCAGCACGCAGGUGUUUGGGCGUUGCCUGCCCAAGACGCCGGCGCGCCUCCACCACCUGCGUCACCUGGCGCGCGCCAUGCUGGGUGACAUUAUUGAGGAGGAGGCGGAUGAGUAGGCGGCCGGAUGACCGGCUGUGGACGGCGGGCCGAGAGCGGGCAAGGCGCCCUGGGACGGGGUCCGCUAGUGACAGAGUAUGUUUACGGGUUGAGAUAAUUUCCCACCUAGUCUGCAGCACCUGACACUGGCUUCAGGCCGCCCCGUGCUGCAUUCAUGCGCGCGCCGUGGCACUUGCGUUCUUGCGUGCGUCUAGAUUACUAUGGGCCAUUCCGGGCACGUUUUGUUGCAUUUAUUAGUACAUAGCUCAGCCUGCUCCCAGCCGCGUGCCUUGUUACACCCACGGCUCCUCCUAUCUAGCGAGUCACCACUUCAUACUUGGGCCGCCGCGUCGCCCCAUGCGCUAUUAGAUAGGCCUAGUAAUGAAUUGUGAUGAGGCAAGCUGCGUUCGACUCUUACUUGCGUGCGCAUGGCUGCCACCGGUACUUUACUACCGUACGGUACAUACGCUUAUCUACAUGUGUGCCAAAUCAUUGCGGAAAAGCAGAGACCUCUUGACACGGUGUGCGGUGGGUGUGGAGAACUGCGCCAUACCGUACGAUGGCAAGCGAACAAUUGACAAGUGACUCUUGCGUAGAGACGAGCAUUGAGGAUUGGAGGGGGAAGUGCGGCUUGCGCUUUUUUACGACAACACGCGCGCGCGGCCAGAAUUGGUGCACCAAAUGUGGGGGUUGUGGUACUGUGGUGUGGAUCCACGGUGUGGACGGCUGCGCACGAUUUUGGGUGCGGACAGCCAGAGUGCUACACGUUCUCUUAGCAGUCUUACUCUAUAGCCACACAUUAGCUUUAGGGCGGGGCACACCACGCAACAUAACUGCGGCACCUGCGCAUCGACUGCUCCAGUUCCUAGUCCGGGAAUGGCUUCAUUUCUGGCCCUCUGCCACUGCUGUGGACUCCGCAGCCCCUACUAUGAUGGCUGUUGCCUUUCGAUUGGGUUGUACGUAGCUGGCUUGCUGACAGCCUGCAUUUUGCCAAUUUGCGUAUGCAUGCCAGGCGCUUUCUUUAACGGAUGCGUCGGACUCGAUCAGAGUUGGUCGGCCGGUCGGGCCCCACUGUGGGCUGGGAAGCAUGGUUCGAGCCAAGCGGCGCAGGGGUUCCCUUGCACGCGGUAACACGGAUUUAACUUCUCAUCCUAUACCUCAAGUCAAGCAGUGCAGAGGCUGCCUCACGGGUUGCCUGGUGUGGCCGCCAACACCGUGCUACUGCCUAAAUGUCAUGGUCAGCGCCUCUAACAGCCCGGCUGGCGCUCUAAUGGCCCACUUGCAGGAAUGAAACGAAUCGGGGCUGUGCCUGGGGCCGUGCCGCCUAUUGCACGUAUGUAUCGUGCAAGUCUGUAGAUCGUAGGUAGAUCAUAGGUA